CUAGCAGGGCCGUGUCUUCGGGACGUUGCCGUAACGUCGUCCUCCAAUGGGAAGCGCCCGUAGCAGCCAACGGCUAACCCGCACGGCUCCAUAUUGGAUCCGUCUUUUUCUCAGAAAUACAUUGUGCUGGAGGUCUUUCUGCGCAUGUUGUCAAACAUACGGCCAGACAGCCGGCUCCGCUUCCCGGUGGCUCAGGCAUGAGGGAUGCAGACGACAAUAGGCGCUGUCACGAACAAAUGUUCUUCAGUGCUUCGUUUUACUCACCGACGUCAUUCACACCGUUUUUAACGGGGCUGAGGAAAUUAGGUUAGAGGCGCACCUGACGACCGGAGAAAAAGUGGCAUGCAGGCUGAGGAAGAAAUAAUUGGAUUGAGAUAACGAGGCACCGGCAUGAUGUUCACACUCACUGAGGUUGCAUCCUUGAAUGACAUCCAGCCGACGUACCGCAUCCUGAAGCCAUGGUGGGACGUCUUUAUGGAUUACCUGGGCCUGGUCAUGCUCAUGCUGGCCAUAUUCGCCAUGACCAUGCAGAUCACCAAAGACCAGGUAGCCUGCCUUCCGUGUCUGGAGGACCAGGAGGACCCCUCGGGAGCUAAGCCUGACUCGUUCGCACAGCAGAGCUCACUGAAAGCAGCAACAUCAGCAGCCACCACCGUGGCAACUCUCCCUCCUCUCGUCACUAAGGACUUACCCGACAAAGCCGUACAUGAAAUCCAUGUUCCACAACAACACACUGUGGAAGAGAAAUAUGUCAAUCAACCUCAACCGACAGGGGUCAGGACCAACCUGGACUACCAACAAUAUGUCUUCAUCAACCAAAUAUGUUACCAUGUUGCCUUGCCCUGGUAUUCCAAGUACUUUCCUUACCUCACACUCAUACACACCAUUGUUCUCAUGGUCAGUAGCAAUUUCUGGUUCAAAUACCCAAAAACGAGCUCAAAAAUUGAGCAUUUUGUUUCGAUUUUAGGUAGAUGCUUUGAGUCUCCUUGGACCACGAAGGCUUUGUCUGAAACAGCUUGUGAGGACUCUGAGGAGAACAAACAGCGGUUGACCGGCACCUCUAGUGUACCAAAGCAAGUAUCUAUAGAGGGGAAAGACGACGGCACAAAUGUCAACUCAUCCACACCCAUGCUCGGGGUGAAGUUCUCUGCAGAUAAGCCCAUAGCAGAGGUACCAAGUAGCAUGACGAUCCUGGACAAGAAAGACGGUGAGCAGGCCAAAGCCUUGUUUGAGAAAGUCAGAAAAUUCCGAGCUCACGUGGAGGACAGUGAUUUCAUCUACAAGCUUUAUGUAGCACAGACCGUUGUGAAAACGGUUAAGUUCAUUUUGAUAUUAUCCUACACUUCAACCUUUUUGGCUAAAAUCAAUUUUAAGCAUGAUUGUGAACCUGAUAUUAAACAGCUAACAGGGUACUCAAAGUUCUUCUGUACGCAUAACAUGGCUUUCAUGCUAAACAAACUGCUCAUUAGCUACAUGGCUUUGAUUUUGAUCUACGGGAUGGCUUGCUUGUACUCUCUCUUCUGGGUGUUUCGACGGCCUUUGAAAGAGUACUCAUUUGAGAAAGUCCGAGAGGAGAGCAGCUUUAGUGACAUUCCUGAUGUCAAAAAUGACUUUGCAUUCCUCUUACACAUGGUUGAUCAGUAUGACCAACUGUACUCCAAGCGCUUCGGUGUCUUCUUGUCUGAGGUCAGUGAAAACAAGCUUAGAGAGAUCAGCCUUAAUCACGAGUGGACCUUUGAGAAACUCCGGCAGCUCGUGACCCGUAACGCAGUGGACCAGCAGGAGCUGCACCUUUUCAUGCUCUCAGGUCUUCCGAACGCAGUGUUCGACCUCACAGACUUGGAAGUUCUGAAGCUGGAGCUGAUCCCUGAGGUGAGGUUUUCAGCAAAGGUCUCCCAAAUGACCAACCUGCUGGAGCUGCACCUCUGCCACUCUCCGGCCAAAGUAGAGCAGACAGGGUUUGCUUUCCUCCGGGACCAUCUCCGCUGCCUCCAUGUCAAGUUCACCGAUGUUGCUGAGAUCCCGGCAUGGGUAUAUUUGCUGAGGAGUUUAAGGGAACUUAACCUAAUUGGCAAUUUGAGCUCAGAAAAUAACAAAAUGAUCGGCCUGGAGUCCAUGCGGGAUUUGAGGCACUUAAAGACUCUUUGCCUGAAGAGCAACCUCACAAAAAUGCCAACAAACAUCACAGAGCUGUCGCCACAUCUGAUUAAGCUUGUGGUGCACAAUGACGGUACAAAAUUGGUGGUACUAAAUAGUCUGAAAAAAAUGACCAAUCUGAUUGAACUGGAGCUGCACACCUGCGAGUUAGAGAGGAUUCCUCAUGCUAUUUUUAGCUUGGUCAACUUGCAGGAACUUGACCUGAAAUCGAACAACAUCCGAACCAUAGAGGAGAUCAUCAGCUUCCAGCAUCUCAAGAGGCUGACGUGUCUUAAACUGUGGCACAACAAAAUUAUCACCAUCCCAUCAUCCAUUGGCCAGGUCAAGUCACUGGAGUCUCUUUACCUCUCCCACAACAAACUGGAGUGCCUGCCUCCAUCCUUGUUCACUCUACCUAAACUGAGGUACUUGGACGUUGGCCACAACUCCAUCUCCGUGCUCCCGCCAGACGUGGGUCUCCUCCACAAUCUGCAGCACUUGGCCAUCAACUCCAACAAGCUGGAGGUGCUGCCCAAGUCUCUGUUCAGAUGUACCAAGCUCAAGGCGUUGUGUCUGGGGAACAAUGCGCUCACCGUGCUGCCAGAGGUCGCGGGUCAACUAGUGCAGCUCACCCAGCUGGAGCUGAGAGGAAACUGUCUGGACAGACUGCCCGUCCAGCUGGGAAACUGCCGCCUGUUGCGCAAAAGCGGCCUGGUGGUGGAGGACCAUCUGUUUGACGCGCUGCCUGUGGAAGUCAAGGAGAACUUCAGCCGAGAGACCAGCGCGUCCUUCGGGGAUGGCUUAUAGCACACAAAAAAAAAAACUCGUGGUUCAUGAGUUCAUGAAAAGCCUGCGAGACGGAUGUAAGAGGAGACUCUACUGCUAUAAUAUCCACAAAAAAUGCAUUUUUUUGAUUAUUAAUUAUUCUGGAUUAUUGUGUUGACUAAGAUGCUUGGCUGUAUUAAGAAUGAAACAGAUCAUUUUACUGACUGAUUAUGUAAUGCAGCAACUUUUUGGCAUUUAGGCUUCUAAUAGCUUUGAAUAAUACCACAUUAGAAAUCUAGCUUCUCUAUUUAACCCUAUAUUGACCAAAACUGUUAACUCCAGUGACACAGUAUUUGUAUUUAUCAUUAUUGUUCUUACUCAGGUAUAAUUGUAACCUUGGGGAACAAUCUUUUUGCCUUAACUGCUGCUUUGUUGUUUUUUUUACAGUGAGGGCUUCCCCAAACAUAAGGCCAAAAAUGAAUAUUGAAUGUUUUGUCAAUUUCUUUUCAUACAUACACUAUUCACAGAGCAAUUUAUAUAUGUUAUAGAAGAUGACACAAUGCAGCACCUCUUUUUCAGCAGCUUUUACUUUUAUUUAAAUCAACUUUUAUUU